AUGCCUCGAACAACUACGGCUGCGUCUCACCCGCAGCCUGUUGCUCUGGCUCCUAAUGAUGCUGGACGUGGAACCCUCGCCCUAUCACCCAUGCCUCUCGAUGGUAUUUCGGCCCAGCUAGGUGUUUCCUCCCCAUAUGGCUCUGGACAACCAAUGCAGACCCACCGCGUUGUUGGAACUCAAGGUCGCCGCUUUCCUGGUCGACCUGAGGUCCUAACUGCUAGUGCAAAAAGCACCGUCGUUCCUAUUAAGGAUGCUGAUAGCAAGCAUCCUUACCCUCAUUGCACCAAGUCCUACCUCCAUGCCAAGCACUUGAAGCGCCAUCUCCUUCGCCAUACUGGUGAUCACCCUUAUGCGUGUGUACCUUGCCAAGAUGCCUUUUCUAGAAGUGAUAUUUUGAAGCGCCACUUCCAAAAGUGCUCCAUUCGCCGUGGAAAUCCCGACGGAGUGAGCCACUUGUCCCACCCUCAAGGUCAUGUUAAGAAUCAUGCUCGGACUGGGAAGGCUGGUAGUCUCGGCAAGGAGGGUGACAAGAACCACGUUCAUGGGUUGAACAACAUGCCCUCCGACUGCGUGGCUUAUCCUUUCGACGUGACUCCCUUUUCUGACGGCAUAAAAAACAAGGCCAGUGACAAAAAUUACGUUUUCUCGUUCCGCCGGCAACAACCUUGA